AUGGACCAUUCCAACCAGCAGCCGCAGCAGCGGGACAUGGUAUUUUGUCAUCAGUGUGAGAACGAAUGGUACAGGGAUGAGCAUGGGUUGACCUGUCCCGAGUGCCAGUCCGACUUCACCGAGAUCAUUGAGACAAACCACGAUCCGCGAGAAGACAACAAUCGUAUACCUGCGGAGCCGCCAGGCACCGUAGUGCCACAGCGACAGCAGCAUGGCGAUUUCUAUGGUGCUCCUGACCCCGACGAGGUUGAUCUUGACAACAUCGAGUGGAGGCAGACUGGGCCCGGAACAUAUCGCGGAUCCAUCAAUAGAACCAUCACUAUCGACCCCAGGCAGCUUGGUCAGCAGCAGCAGGGACAAGGUGGAUUGUUAGGUGGUAUCAUGGGUGCAUUGGGAAACGUAUUGGGUGGAGUGGUGACGCAGGGUCAACAGAACCAGAACCAGAACCAACCAGGCCAAUAUCCCGGCCAGCAGCCAGGCCAACCACAGCAAUACCGUCAACUAUUUCAGCAGCAGCCCCAACCUGGUCAGCCUUUCGACCAACGGCCUCAAUCAGCGAAUGGCGGCCAAGGAAAUCGCUCCGCAUCAGUACCACCAGGUCCUCAAGGUGGGGCCUCAGUACGACACUGGCACGGUCCAAACUUCCACAUGACGAUGAUGACAUCGUCGAACGGCAAUAUGGGCGCAGGCAAUCUGUUCCCACGAAACGCAAAUGCACCACAACCGUUCCAGCAACAACCUGAUCAGAUGGAGCAAAUGUUGGCACAGAUGUUCAUGAAUGUUGGCGGUCCAGCGGGCAUGCGUAUGGCGGGCCCAGGGCAGGCGGCAGGACCCGGCAUGUUUCCUGGAGCUGGGCAGCCUGACGUGGGUGGCAUGGGAGGUAUGGGUAUGCUCGGCAACUUGAUGCAGAUGCUCGGCAUGCCCGGUCAUGCUGGCCAGAUGGGCGACUUCGUCCUCGACCAAGCGACCAUGGACCGUGUUAUGACGCAGUUCAUGGAGCAACAUCAGUCUGGCAAUGCACCUGGCCCGGCACCAGAAGCUGCGAUCAACUCACUACCUACGCGUACGAUCGUCGAGAAGGACUUUAGUGAGAAUGGGAAAGCUGAGUGCACCAUCUGCAUGGACGAGGUAGCUCUGGGCGCGACUGUCACUGAGCUGCCUUGCCAUCACUGGUUCCAUUUCGAAUGUAUCAAGGCUUGGCUAUCCGAACACGAUACAUGCCCUCACUGCCGACAGGGCAUCAUGCCGAAAGAUGAAGCAGCCACGAACCAAGCUCGCCAACCGAACCAAGCUCCCCGCCACGACACGCACGCACCAGAAUACCGCGGUCCUGCAGAGAUGCCUGGCUCUUUCCCGCCUCAGUUUACACGACAGGGAUCCGGAAGCCAACAGAACCCAUAUGCCGUCCCCGAGAGCCCGACAAUGCAUCGUAGAUCGAGCAGUACGCCUGGUAGACCAGGGAGUAGUAGGCAAGGAAGCGCCGGUGACAGUGGCAGGCUGUUCCAGGGCAUGAGGAAUGCCUUUGGCGGUGGCGGCGGUGGCGCCGGCAAUAAUGGUAAUGCUGGAGGCCCGAGCGGCUACAGUUGA